CUGAAGUGUACAGCUGGACAAACGCGACCCACGACAUACCGUUUCUUUCCCCCUCGACGUUUCUGCAGAGAAACAGAGGAUUUAUCCGUUUUUAACCAAUAACGUGAGCAAACCGACAGAGGAAACACGUAUUUAUUCAUCGUAUUGGAGAUUAUUAGGAGAAUAUAUUAACUGUGUGGUUUUCCUGUGACGUCCGGGACCGGAAAAUAGCAGUUUCCCCCCGACAGCUGGUUUGCGGAUUCCCCCCUACAAGCUUGAAGCUGUGUGAGCCGGCUGAGAUGAGCGGUCCAGAGGUGGCCAAGACACCGGGCGGUGGCGCUCCGGGCAAGGAGGGAAAGGAGCAAGUGGCCAAUGGGCACGCAGGAGAGGGCAGCGACGCCAACCCAUUCGCUGAAUACAUGUGGAUGGAGAAUGAAGAAGAGUAUAACAGACAGGUGGAAGAGGAGCUGUUGGAGCAGGAGUUCUUGGAGCGCUGCUUCCAGGAAAUGCUGGAGGAGGAGGACCAGGAUUGGUUCAUCCCUUCACGCGACCUUAACAACCAGGGGGUGGGGCAGCUCCAGCAGCAGCUCAACGGCCUGUCGGUCAACGAUCACCACAACAACCUGGAAGAAGUGGCGAGGAAGAGCAUCUUGAAUCCCGAAGCAAAGGAGUUCGUCCCGGGGAAGAAAUACUAGGAGUCCCCCUCACCCCCAUGGAGCCUCCACGCGCGCGUGCACACACACAACAGUUCUCACAUAUUCCCAGAGACUCUGGCGGCCAUGACCGCACACACACUGAUAUACAUACAUACAUACACACACACACACACACACUCACUCCUACACACUUGAAGUCAAUGGCGUGCUGGCAGGCCCAGUUGGGGGGUGGGGGGAUUUCUUUUUCUUUCUUUCUUUCUUUUUCUUUUUGUUUCUUUAAUCUUUUUAUUUCUUGUAAACUGAGGGACAUUGGGAACAGGGGUGGGGGAGGGGUGUAAUACCAGCACCGCCCUACUGCGGGCGCUAGCUCAUCACUGCAUUUCAGAUGACACUGGUGAUGUUUACAGAGUAUGCAGAUCUUAUUGAUGUCCCCUUGGAACUGAGGCAGCUACCAAGGAGUGAUGCCAGGACAAAACAUCUAAUAAACAUGAAAAAUUGCUUCACAUACUUGUUAAUUUGUGUGCUGUCAAAACUUGAAAAGCAUCGUCAGUAGGUUAAGGGUUUCCAUACCAGUGAGGUAAGAAAACGACUUACUUAUUUCAGGGGACUUGAUGGGUUUCUGCCGCUGCUCUGUUGUGUCAUCACGGUCAGUCAUACCCGUUAUCGUUUGCUCCUAUGUCAUAAGCUCCUUGUGACAUCACAGCUAUUGUGCAUCUAGAAAUGCGGGUUCUUAUUUGUAUCCGCGGCGGCUCCGUUUCAAACCAAAUACAGCCCCACCCUCCCUGCACGCUUGUUUUGAAGUGUCAUCAACAGACAAGGACAGGUGUAAUCAUGGAUACAAAAUUAUUUUCCCAAUUUAUGUGGAAGUCCAUGUUUAUCUUUUGUCCAGUUUAUUAGAACAGAGGUGUGAUUUUUCUAAAUCAUGCAUCAAGUCGAGUGUAUUAUAGAGGAAAAGGUCCGAUUAUUCAACCUUUAAAAAAAGAAACUCAGUUCUCAAAUUUAUUUUUGUUCCCGGCUUCAUCCUAUAGUUCAAUUUGGAUUUAUGGGGUGUAGUGAACAACCUUGUUACAGGGGAGUAUUUGGUCUGGAACACAGCCACUGCCUGCCGGAACAACUUAGUUUGUCCAGCAUCAGAUCGAGUGUCCAUAUCCAAAUCAGGUUUUCAAAUAGCCUCUCCUCCUUUUUUUUUCUUUUUUUUUUUUUUUUUUUUCCUCUUCAUGUUUGUGAGGAUGAGUCAUUUUGUGUCUCUACUGGGUACAGUAACCUGUGGUGUCCAUUCAGUCCUGUUUGCAGGAGGAAAUGUUGAGGGGACAGUAUUGUCAUGGCCAAUCAGAAUAAAGCAGUAUGGAACACAUGGCAGACAGUAUGGCUUCCUUGCUGUUCUACUCUUUGUAUGUUGACGUUUCUGAGGAAGUUCUUUUUCACCAUAAAUCUUUUUUUUUUUUUGUGGUCUGGCUUUCCCUGAAGCAUCGCCCCUUAGUGCAAGUAUAAUCUCUGUUAAGUUGUGAGCCAAUAGGAUAAAGUUGUAUAUGUGAAGAUGCUUUUAAGGAAAUCCAAAUUGUAAUCAACAGUAAUCUAUAAUUAGUUGUUUUCUAGAUCUCAGCCAUUUUGGUUUAAAAAAAAAAAAAUGCAGAGGCAGUAUUGUCAUAAGAGAGAAUCUUGUGAUCUGAACAUUAAUGCUCAUGCCACUGUUCAUUGGUGGUAUAACAUUGACAAUAAUGUCUUGUGUAUUUUACUGUAUUAGUGUUAAGUAGACACUUGUGCACUUGUACUUCAUUGACUUAAGAAGUAUCUGACAGGUGAAGGCACUUCUUUCCAUCUGUGCAGCUUUUCCGAUUUUUCAGCCUAACAAGUAUUCAAGUGUGUUCUUAAACCGAGCAGGAGACCGUGAAACCUUGGUUAAAAUGGAACUUCCUCACACAGUUUCGGACCAACAGCUGUCGGAUGGCACCCUGGUGAAGCCAAUAGGAUUGUCCGCCAGGUGGAUUGUACAACAUGAAAUCAUUUUUGGUGAUUUUUGUUUAGACGCGUUAGAUGACCGAAGCCGUAAAAAAAAAAAAAAAAAAAAGAAGA